AUGGCCGAGGGGGACGCCAGCGCAGAUACAGACACAAAGGUCUCUAACAAAGUCUCAGAGUUAGGUGACGACAAUCCCUCAUACCUCGAGUCUCCUUGGUUUGGUUUCUACGACGACUACUAUACUCGUGACUCUUCCAUCGUCCGCAUCACUCAGCUAUUCAAUAUUCGCGGUGAAUCCUUAGCGGGCGCUGGAUGA